CAGGCGCCGCCGCUGCUGCCGAUGUCGGCGGCCAAGCGCCCGGCGCCGUCCUCGGAGCCGCAGCCGGUCGACCUCAGCCGUUCGUCGCUGGAUGUCGGUCGGCUGAUGCCGCUGCCGCGCGCCCAGUUCAGGGCGCCGCAGACCUCGCCCGAGCCCUUCGUCGUCCAGAAGACGACAAUCGAGUCCCGGCCAGUGCUGUGCAUCAACGGCUCGCCGCACGACUUCUCCCAGCUGUACGUCAGCCUGCACGAGCUGGUCAAGCAUAUCUUCCCCAAAGUGCCAGUGCGCUCGCUGCAAGAGAUCCUCGCUGUGCUCGGCAUCUACGUCUUCAAGGCGACCCCGGACCACCUGGUGGUGAUGAACCUCUCUGGCUGCGUGGUGCCGCCUGACCGGACCGUGGGCCUGGUACGGCUGACCGACCUGCUCACCUUUAUGCCGCAAAUCGGCUACAUGUGCUCCAGCGAGAGCGCCAAGCGACGAAGCUGAUCUCAGGGGGCGCCGGCCGCGCCCGCCCCCUGUAGGCCCGCACGGGCGGAAUGUGAUACUAGUCGAGAGCAACGGUUAGCUAUUUAUUGUAUGACGGACCAUGAAUACACGUUUGUUCUGUUCGA